UCAUGCUCCAGCCCUGGUCAUAAAUGAAAAGAAUAAGGCGAAUCUGCAGCACAACACAGGAAAGUCAAUAAACAACUGCCUUUUUCAUGUCGGAAUCACCUUCUGGUCCGCGGGCCAAGCGCCAGCGAAUAGACAAAAAUGGGCGUUUCGCCGCCAUGGAAAGGCUUCGCCAGCUGAAGGGAACCAAGAACAAAUGCCAGGUGGGAGACCAUGUGGACGAUGUAUACGAUGUUGUGGAUGAGCGGGAGUACGCCAAGCGGGCGCAGGAGAAGUACGGCGACGAUUGGAUUGAAGAAGAUGGCACUGGAUACGCAGAAGAUCAUCGGGAUUUCUUUGAGGAUGAAGACGAGUUCUCCGAGGGUGAACAGGAACAGAAAGAUAGAAAAAAGAAGAAGGGUGUGGCACCCAACAACAAAAAGAGGCCUCGGGAAGCAGAAAAACCCGCCAAGGGUAAAGCCUCCAUCAAGAAUCUCUUUAGCAAUGCAGUGCCCAAAAAGGCUGAUAUUAAGAACAGUGUGAAAGAUGAUGAUAUCCUGGCUGAUAUUUUGGGAGAAAUGAAAGAGGAGCCUGCAGAGCCGUCAGGAAAAGUUAUAGCUCCGGCAAAAAUAGCAGUUGCCUCGCGAAAAUCCGACGCAGCCACUGCUAAAGAAUACAUGAAUAGUUUCCUCAACCAUAUCAAAGUUCAAGAGCAGGAACGAAAAAAGGCGGAGGCUGGUAGUGAUCACGAGAUGCUGGAGCGUAUCCUGAAACCCAAGGCAGCAGUUCCAAACACAAAGGUGGCCUUUUUCUCCACUUCCUCGAUUAAAAAGGAACCGGUGCCCGAAUCGACACCAGUCAAGGAAGCAUCAAAAGAUCCCUUCUCCGAUAAUAUGGAUUUAAGUUGCCUAGAUGACGACGAAAACCAGUUCGAUGUAAAGAAGGAACAACCUAAAGAUAAUAUUUCCCAAGCAAAAACCGAAGAAAGAAUGGCAUGCCAAGCUAAAGUCGCCGAAAAAGACACUCCCUCAACGGAGCAAACUGGUUCCCCAAAGGAAACAGAUCCUGAAGACAUGAGCAAGCUUCUAAGCAACUGGGAGUCCAUCUGUCAAAUGGACGAUGACUUUGAGAAAUCUGUGCUCACUGCAGAUCAGGAAUCGCCAAUCUCCUCCGAUAAACAGCUGCGAUUCUGGUACUGGGAGGCCUGGGAGGAUCCAACAAAGCUGCCCGGCGAGGUCUUUCUUUUCGGGCGCACCGCUGAUGGGAAGUCUGUCUGUGUACGUGUGCAGAAUAUCAACCGAGUGCUUUACUUGCUUCCCCGGCAAUUUCUUCUGGACCCUAUUUCAAAGGAGACGACCAAGCAAAAGGUGACCGUGGCAGAUAUCUACAAGGAGUUUGACAGCGAGGUGGCCAGCGAACUUAAACUAAUAUCUUUUAGAUCCCGCAAGGUCAGCAAGAAUUUUGCCCACCACGCCAUCGGUAUUGAAGUGCCCCAAACUUGCGAUUACUUGGAGGUUCACUAUGAUGGCAAGAAACCACCUCCCAAUUUGUCGGCUGGCAAAAAAUACAACUCCAUAGCGCAUAUUUUCGGUUCCACGACCAAUGCAUUGGAGCGCUUCCUCCUCGAACGCAAAAUCAAGGGACCCUGCUGGCUGCAGGUGAGUGGCUUUAAGGUGAGCCCAGCUCCCAUGAGUUGGUGUAAAACGGAGGUCACCUUGUCAGAACCUAAGAAUGUAGAAUUAUUGCAAGAUAAGGGCAAACCAGCGCCACCACCACCUCUAACUCUAAUAGCACUAAAUGUCCGCACCUCGAUGAAUCCCAAAACAUCAAGAAAUGAAAUAUGCAUGAUUUCAAUGCUAAUUCACAAUCGUUUUUAUAUCGAUCGCCCUGCUCCUCAGCCCGCUUUUAAUCGCCAUAUGUGUGGAUUGACCCGUCCCGCGGUAGUUAGUUGGCCUUUGGACUUAAACUUUGAGGUAGCUAAAUAUAAAUCCACUAAAAUAUACAAACACGAUUCAGAAAGAGCCCUUUUAAGUUGGUUUUUGGCUCAGUACCAACAAAUAGAUGCCGAUCUUAUAGUAACCUUUGAUGCAAUGGAUUGUCAGCUGAAUGUUAUUACCGAUCAAAUUGUGGCCUUGAAAAUACCACAAUGGUCACGAAUGGGGCGCCUUAGGAUGACGCAAUCGUUUGGCAAGCGUUUACUGGAUCAUUUUGUGGGCAGAAUAGUCUGCGAUGUUAAGCGUUCCGCGGAGGAGUGUAUAAAAGCCAGAUCCUAUGAUCUUCAAACCUUAUGCAAGCAAGUGCUAAAGUUAAAGGAAUCCGAGAGAAUGGAAGUGAAUGCUGAUGAUCUUUUGGAGAUGUACGAAAAAGGAGAGAGCAUCACCAAGCUUGUAUCGCUCACCAUGCAAGAUAAUUCCUAUUUACUAAGGCUAAUGUGCGAGCUUAACAUCAUGCCGUUAGCCUUGCAAAUCACAAAUAUUUGUGGCAAUACGAUGACAAGGACCCUUCAAGGAGGUCGUUCUGAACGGAAUGAGUUCUUAUUGCUGCAUGCUUUCCAUGAAAAGAAUUAUAUAGUGCCGGAUAAGAAGCCGCAUUUAAGACGUGGUGGAGCUUUAGAUCCAGAGGCUACACUUUUUGGUGCAGACGCUACUGUGGUAUCAAAAAAAAAAGCGGCCUAUGCUGGUGGCUUGGUUUUGGAACCAAUGCGUGGUCUCUACGAAAAGUUUGUUUUGCUUAUGGAUUUCAACUCGCUGUAUCCAAGUAUCAUCCAGGAGUACAACAUAUGCUUCACCACUGUCCAACAGCCUGUGGAUACGGAUGAGUUGCCGACUCUUCCAAAUUCUAAAACUGAAGCUGGUAUUUUACCCCUCCAAUUAAAACGUUUGGUGGAGUCGCGAAAGGAAGUGAAAAAGCUAAUGGCAACGCCUGAUCUUUCACCGGAACUUCAGAUGCAGUACCAUAUUCGACAGAUGGCUCUGAAGCUCACCGCCAACUCCAUGUAUGGUUGCUUGGGCUUUGCGCAUUCCCGGUUCUUUGCCCAGCAUUUGGCUGCUUUGGUUACUCAUAAAGGCAGAGAGAUCCUCACAAACACCCAACAGCUAGUGCAAAAGUUAAACUACGACGUGGUGUAUGGCGACACAGAUUCCCUGAUGAUUAAUACUAAUAUAACAGACUACGAUCAGGUCUACAAAAUUGGUCACAGCAUCAAGCAAAGUGUGAAUAAAAUGUACAAACAGCUUGAGCUGGAUAUUGAUGGAGUGUUUGCCUGUUUGCUAUUGCUUAAGAAAAAAAAAUACGCUGCUGUUAAGUUAAGCAAAGAUUCCAAAGGUAACUUGAAGCGCGAACAGGAACACAAGGGACUGGAUAUAGUUCGUCGAGAUUGGUCUCAGCUAGCUGUGAUGGUGGGAAAAGCUGUUCUUGAUGAAGUGCUGUCCGAAAAACAGCUCGAGGAAAAACUAGAUGCAGUGCAUGCCCAAUUGGAAAAGAUAAAAAAUCAAAUAAGGGAGGGUGCAGUACCUCUCCCUCUUUUUGUCAUUACCAAGCAGCUCACUCGGGCUCCUCAAGAAUAUUCCAACAGUGCCUCAUUACCGCAUGUCCAGGUGGCUCUUCGCAUGAAUCGAGAGCGCAACAGGCGGUUCAAGAAGGGCGACAUGGUGGACUAUGUAAUAUGUUUGGAUGACUCCACAAAUGCUGCCAUGCAGCGAGCCUACCAUUUGGAUGAGCUUAAGAGCAGUGCUGAUAAGAAGCUCCAACUGGACAUGAAUUACUAUCUCGGACAUCAGGUGCAUCCGGUAGUCACGCGCAUGGUGGAGGUGCUUGAAGGAACCGAUGCGAGUCGCAUCGCCGAAUGUCUUGGCAUGGAUCCCACUAAGUUCCGACAAAAUGUACAGCGAGCUCAGCGUGAGAACACCGAACAAUCGGAAGGCGAGUCUCUCCUCAAAACGACCCUCCAGUUGUACCGCCUUUGCGAACCUUUUCGCUUCCAAUGCGUGGCCUGCAAAACGGAGCAGUUAAUGGCCAGUGCGUACCGCCCAGGACCCAGCAGCUCGCACAUCUCUGUGCUCCAGCAAUGCGCGAAUUCCGAGUGCCAAACUGCACCUAUCCAGUAUUUGGCUAGUGUGCGCAAUCAGCUGCAGCUUUCCAUUCGGAGCUAUGUGCAGCGGUUCUACAAAAAUUGGAUGGUCUGCGAUCACCCCGAUUGCAACUACAACACGCGUACCCAUACAAUGAGGAAGGAGAUGCGCCGACCGCUCUGCCAAAAGUGCCGGAGUGGCAGCCUUCUGCGGCAGUAUACAGAGCGGGACUUGUACAAUCAGCUCUGCUACUUGCGCUUCAUCUUCGAUCUCGGCAAACAGCAGCUGCAUCAUAAACCCACCCUUACGCCGGAGCUUGAGCAGGCUUACCAGCUCCUCUACGAAACGGUAGAUCAACAUCUACAGAGCUCCUCCUACGUGAUUAUUUCGCUAAGGAAACUCUUUGGCCGGACCCUCGGCCUGAUGUCCCUCCUACCGCCCAGACCCAGGCCCCACAACGAAUUAAUCGCCAGUACUUUGGCAGAUGUCGUCUAAGUAUUUAAUUAACUAGCCAUUGUUAUACGUUUCAUAAAAUAUACUACAAAACAUGUAUAAGAA